GUAAAUUCCAAUUCACCCCACCACUCACUUUAUCUUCAUAUAAAUUCAUCACUUCACUUGUUAUAUAAAUUCCAAAAUUAAAAAAAUGGAGAGAAAGAGUAACAAAAUUUCCUCUAGAGAAAAGUUGAACAUGACAAAGAACGACUUAGUGAAUGACAAUUAUGAUCAUGAGCUUAUGGGCGGCAGCUACGGUGGCGAUGGCGAAGAUGGUGGAGGUUCUUCCAAUGGGGAUGUAAAGAAGAAGAAAGGGUGUCAGAAUAGUGGUGGUUUGAACAGUGCUACGAGAUGUUGUCAAGCUGAAAAAUGUACAAGUGAUUUAGCUGAAGCCAAACAAUAUCAUCGAAGGCAUAGAGUAUGUGAGUUUCAUGCAAAGGCUCAUGCUGCUAUUAUUGCUGGUAUCCACCAAAGAUUCUGUCAACAAUGUAGCCGGUUUCAUGAGCUUUCAGAAUUCGAUGAAGCCAAGAGGAGUUGUAGGAGGCGUUUAGCAGGGCACAAUGAAAGGCGAAGGAAGAACUCAAUGGAGUUCAAAGGCACUGGGAAGGAACUUGUUUGUGUGCAAAGUGACGAUAACAGGUUUCAAAUGGUUAUAAAAGACCACCAGACUUAUAAUAAACAUUUGCAAACCAGAUGAAAAACCUAAAUAAAUCAAGGCACGGAGUAGUAAUUCAACAAUAGUGCUUGUAGUAAUUCAACAAUAGUGCGUGCACGACACACACUAUUGUCGAAUGCUAAAAAAAGUUGCUUAACCCCAUGAGUUUGAAUCUCAAAAAUGUAUCAGUUUCUCUAGUAUUAUUAUGUAUAACCAUCAUUGGUGUUUAAAUAAUGUUGUGUCGAACUAAUUAUGUAUCAUGGAGAAU